AUGGAGAAGCAAGUCUCAGAGUUAUGUAAAUCUUGUUACUACCACAUCCUAACUAUUGGCAGUAUCCACCAUCUUCUGACUGAGGAUUCUACUGCAGCACUUGUUCGAUCUCUGAUACUUUCCCGUAUUGACUACUGCAACAGUCUUCUGCUCCAUAUCUCACAGGAACUCAUUAAUCGACUCCAGAGAAUUCAGAAUACUGCAGCACGCAGUCUCACCAAAACCCCUAAAUUUGCAAGUAUUACUCCUGUCCUGAAACGCCUACAUUGGUUACCAAUCCGAGGGAGAGUUGAUUUCAAGAUACUGACUUUGACAUAUCAGUGUGUUCACAGAACAGCUCCAGGGUACCUCCAGGAACUCUUCAGGCCGUACAUCCCCGGUAGACCACUUCGCUCCAGUCACAGAGACCUACUGCAUGUUCCGCGUUGGCAGCUGAAAUCAUGGUUUCCGUUCUUUCCAGGUGGCAGCGGCCACGAAAUGGAACGAAUUGCCCGACCAUCUGCGAACAUGUUCAACUCUGACUCUAUUUAG